CAGUUCAUUGAGAAAAACAAGGACGUCACGCCAAACUCCAUUCACAAAACUUUGAUUUUAAUGUGCUGCUUAUAGUCAACAUCCGGGCGGAAAACACCCGAGCAGAGGAGUCAUAUGAUUUAAUUCUGUGUUGGUGUCGAAACAGCAAAUGCAGCAAACUUCUGUUACAACUUUCGGCUUGUAAUUAACAGGAUAUUUCUCAAACAAAGGGUGAAGACUCCUUCAACAUGGACGGCUUUUAUGACCAGCAGGUCCCUUUUGUGGUCCCAGAGAGUAAAUGUCACACAGAGGAAGCGGAGAGAUGUCCUAGCGACAGGAAGAGGAAGUUUGUGGACACGGGGCUGGCUCAAGACACAGAAGAACUUUUUCAAGAUCUGAUCCAGCUCCAGGAAAUAUGGAUCGCAGAAGCUCAGGUUCCUGAUGAUGAGCAGUUUGUCCCAGAUUUCCAGUCCAAUAACUUGAUGUUUCAUGGACCGCCUGUCAGCAAAGUGAAGCAAGAGCACAGUCCGUCCAAAGACCUGUCUCCCUGCAGAACACCUCACGCUGACAUGUGCCUUUAUAGUUACAGUGCCUGUGACAACAAGCCAGCUGGGCUCACAGGUGUGACUCCGGCCUCCUCACCUGCAGUGCGAUGUGGUGCCACCCAUCCUUCAGGACCUCCACCCUUACAGAGGCAGUUACACCCAUCCAAUCCCCAGCUGACCAAUAACCACAUUUCUUCCCUAAGCCCCUCACACCACCGCAGCCUCCCACAGGCCAACCAAAGCCAGCAGUUUGCGCUGCCACGUCCCCCCAUCAGCUGCCCCGCUGGAUCUUUCAGCACAGAACAAAGGUUUCAGCGGCAGCUUUCAGAGCCAUGUUUGUCUUUCCUCCCUCCGGAGAAAACAGCCAACACACCGUACCCCCCCUCGAGCCGUGACAGCCGCCCACUGUACCAGCGCCACCUCUCAGAGCCUCUGGUCCCCCACGGCACCCGAGGUUUCAAACAGGAGUUGGUGGAUCCAAGAUACCCAGAGCCAGGGCCACCUGGUCCGGGUCUGGCCCGGCCCCAGACCACCUUCAACCACGUCACCAUCAAACAAGAGCCAAGGGACUUUGGCUUUGAUUCAGAGGUUCAAACCUGCCAGUCAUCAUCAUUUGGGAAGUCUUCAGUCUUGUACCAGAAUAGCAAUGUUGGAUUUGGUCGUGACAGAGAACCACAUCUGUAUUACGAUGAUACUUGUGUUGUGCCAGAGAGACUGGAAGGUAAAGUGAAGCAGGAGGGUUUGCCAUACCAGCGCCGUGGCUCGCUGCAACUCUGGCAGUUCCUACUCACGCUGCUGGACAACCCAGCCAACGGACACCUGAUUGUCUGGACGGGACGCAACAUGGAGUUUAAACUGAUCGAUCCUGAAGAGGUGGCUCGGCUCUGGGGGCUCCAGAAGAAUCGGCCAGCCAUGAACUACGACAAGCUGAGCCGCUCACUGAGGUACUACUAUGAGAAGGGCAUCAUGCAGAAGGUGGCUGGAGAAAGGUACGUCUACAAGUUUGUGUGCAACCCCGAGGCGCUGUUCUCCAUGGCUUUCCCAGACAACCAAAGGCCGAGCCUGAAGGCCGACCCGGACGCCCUCCCACCGACCAAUGAGGAGGAUGGCCUCCCUCUGCCCAGCCACGAGGAGGAGGGUCCUUACCUGGCCGAAGGAGGGGAGCAGUGCAUCCAGGGACUGGCUUUCCCUGACAGCUACCCGUACUAGACUCAACAGCCUGGCAGCUGGAGUGAACAUGAGAUAUUUUAAACAGCAGGAACCUGAAAUUACUGAGCAGUGUUUGAGAUGUUCAAAAUGUACACCCACAUUACGUAUGUAACAGAAAAGUUUUGCUUACGAAAUCCUGAUUCUACCUAAAUCUCUGGGACUGUUAAUUUGAAGUCACUCUCUCAGCAAAAAUGCAAUUCUUUGUCCAGAUCUACUGCAGCUCUGAUUUGGUUUAAUAUGUUACGAUGGUUUUAGGGCCACUGUUAGCAAACAAAAAAUCUGUGAUCUCAAAAUUGUAUCUCAAAGUUGUAAUAUUUUGAGAAAAAAGUAAUAAUAUUACCAGAAACAGACAUAAUCUCGAAGGACCAGUGUGUAGGAUUUAGUGGCAUCUAGUGGUGAAGUUGCAGAUUGCAACCAACUGAAUACAUCUCACCCUCCCCCUCUCCUUCCAAGCAUGUAGGAGAACCUACAGUGGCCAUGAAACUUGGGACAAACACGAAAGGCCCUGUCUAGAGCCGGUGUUUUGUUUAUCCAUUCUGGGCUGUACUGUAGAAACAAGGAAGAGGACCCGCUCCCUAUGUAGAUAUAAAGGUCUCAUUCUAAGGUAACGAGAACACAACGAUCCUUAUUUUCAGGUGAUUAUACACUAAUUGAAACAAAAUUAUGAAUAUUAUAUUCAGUUUCCGCCAAUACCAUUCUGAUGACACUAAAUUCCACACACUGCACCUUUAAGAAGUAGUAAUUCUACCUGGGGGAAGAAGUGGUAAUAUUUCAAAACUAAAGUCUUUAUUUCACUACAAAACAGUGAGAAUGUUAUGGAAAAAAGUCACAAUAUUUCAAGGAUAAAGUAGUAAUUUUACCAGAAAAAGUCAUAAUACGGGUAAAGUGGGUCAAGUCAUAAUAUUUUGAGGGAAAAGACAUAAAUUUACAAUAAAGUGUCAUUAAUACUACGAGAACAAAUUUGGAUUAAAUUGUAAUCUUGUGAGAAAAUGUCACUUUGAGAACAAAAAAUGUUAUAAUUGCGACUUUAUUCUCAAAAUAUUACAGCUUUUUUUUGUAGUUAUGGCUUUAAGCUCUUAAAAUUAUGACCUUGAUAACGACCCCACAGAGGUCACAUAGCUGGGACUGGAAGGUGAGACAGACAGCUCAUAAAAUUAUGACUUUUUUUCCUCAGAGUAUUUGAAUUUUACUCUAAAACUCUUUGUCACAGUGGCCCUAAUACUCUGUUGUAAUGUGUAGCAUGGCCGUCGCUGUAGUUCUUGCGUGCGUAAACUCUGGGAUCUGUGUUUCAACCAAAAAAUAUCUCCAAGCCAUGGCACUCCUUUACUAACUUACUUAUAAUUGUUUUUUGUGGGGGAGUAAACAUUAUACUGCUUGAAAGGGACACACGUAUUUUCCAGAUGUUUUAGUCCUCCUAUAAACAUGUAUAUUGAAAUGUCUUUUGUGUACUUUAUCUUGUUUUCAAAGCUAAUAUUUUUGGCAUUAUAUGGACUUGUAAGUUUUUUCCUAUAACUGUUUUAUGACAAAGGUACUGCUACUAUUUUUGAUUCUGUAAUACUGCCACGAUGAUGCUUCUAUUAAGCAUGGACUUUCUUACAAACAGCUCACCAGUUAUUGUACCGAGAUAGUUUUCUGCAUUUUGUAUAGUUGAUUUGCUUCAAUGUGUAGAAAAGGUGUAUAAUUAUAUAUGAAUAUAUUUUUGCAAAAUGCUGCAUUUGCUUGAGCUGCAGAGUUUAGCCUGCUAAUGUAUUGCAUCGAUUUCAGCCUCUCCAAGGUGGAGUGACCUUAUCCUUUUGAGUCCUGCAGAUUUGCAAUGGAUGUAAUGGUAUAUUUUGCUAUGUGAUCACAUGACAGGCUGGAGAAAGGAUUACUGACACUGGUGUGACGUCUACCCUCAGAUACUGUAUGUGUGCCUUCUGUUGAUCUUUACUGAUACAAUAAACUAUUUUACUCUUU